UGUUGUGGGUGUACUAUGGUUUGUGGAGGUCAAGUUCAUUACUCAGCUCUGGCUUCAGUCCUUUCUUCCCCAGUGGAAAUAGAUAAAUGUGCACCAGGAAGGAAGGAUUAUACUCUUUUUAACGGGAUUACUGCUGUGCUGUUACAAAACUACAUCACAGGUACUGAAAAGAGCAUGUUUUCACGUGGACUGCUUUCUAGUGUCAGCGCCAUGAUUUGCUUGUUAAGAUGGGCUGCUUUCCUUUGGACUGUAAAUUCCAUUCCUUGCACUUUUGGAAUGGCAGUGAAUGAACGAACAGAUGGCCCAUGUCCUUCUCUGAGUGUAGAGGAUCACAGGUUUUCUGAUUCUUUAGAUCGUCCCCUGGACAUCACAGGAUUCGAUCUCACAGAAAAGUUUCUUCUCCGAAAGGGAACUAUUUCAGAAGACCUGCCAUCAUUUCGUUUAGGAAGCAGUCCUCUCAUUAAGUCAACAAAACUAAUAUUUCCAAAUGGGCUUUCAAGUGAAUACUCCCUUGUCACCAUCUUCCGGGUGAGGAGAACUACAAAAAAAGAUCGAUGGUAUCUUUGGCAGAUAUUUGAACAGUCAGGAGACAGUCAGGUAUCCGUUGUGGUUGAUGGUGGCAAGAAGGCGGUGGAGUUUUCUUCCCGGGGUCUGUUAAAGAACCCUCUCCGCUACACGUUUAAAAGCCGUGACCUACAUGCCCUCUAUGAUCGCCAGUGGCACAAGCUGAGCAUUUCUGUACAGAGCAACAUAGUCUCCAUUUACAUGGACUGCAAGCUAAUAGAAAGAAGACUGACUGAUGAGCAGGACAGCAUAGACCCCAGUGGGCGCACUCUCAUUACUACACGAAUGGAAGAUGGACGGCCUGUAGAUAUUGAAAUGAAACAAAUGCUGAUCUACUGUGACCCUUAUAUGGCUGAAAUGGAAACCUGCUGCGAGCUACUGGAGCCAAAGUGUGAAGCCAAGAAGACAUUUAAUGGGACUUCCCCUCCCCUGGUUUCAACCCAACUCCCCCAGAUGCUGUCUCAGCCGGCCCCACAGUCAAUUGACAGAUGUCACUGUCCAGCUCAAAAGGGAGAUGCUGGUCUUCCAGGUGUGGUUGGACUGCCAGGACAGAAGGGGGAUAAAGGAGAAAGGGGGGAUGCAGGGGAGACCGGGGGUCAAGGAAACCCAGGACAUAAGGGGGAACUUGGAUCAGAAGGGCAAAAGGGAAUCGAUGGGGAGAAGGGUCUGAAAGGUGACCCAGGGCCAGUUGGUCCAGUUGGUCCAGUUGGUCCCAAAGGAAACAAAGGGGAUGUGGGUCUGCCUGGAGCUCCAGGGCUGCCUGUUGACAAAGAAUGUCUCAAAGGGGAUCAGGGCCCUCGAGGUGACAAAGGAGAGAAGGGAUUGCCAGGUCAGCCAGGGGAACCAGGCAAAGAGGGCAAAAGGGGACGAAGAGGAAAGACUGGGGAGCCUGGACCCAGAGGCCUGCCUGGUCCCUCAGGAACCUCUGCAGGAGCAAGUGUCAAGGGUGAGUCUGGAGUCCCAGUGGAAAAAGGGGAGAAAGGAGAGAGAGGAGACCCUGGUCAGCCAGGUGCUGAGGGGACCAGCGGGAUGAAAGGACAAAAAGGUGACGUUGGCCCCCCUGGUCCUCCUGGUCCUGUGAUGACAGCUCACGGAUUAAGACAGCUCUCUGGAACUGAGGAAAUGAAGGAGAAGACCCAAAAGGGAGAAAAGGGAGAUCAGGGGGAGAGAGGAGCUCAAGGACCGCAAGGCUUCAAGGGAAACAUAGGGCCACCAGGACUAAAGGGAGAUCAAGGACCAGGGGGGAAGCAAGGCCUGCCUGGACUCCCAGGACUCCCAGGCGAGCCAGGUUCGCCAGGGGAGGGAGGGGUUCCAGGGAGAGAUGGCCUGAAAGGAGAAAAGGGGGACUCUGGUGGAGUGAUGGGCUUACCAGGACCUCCAGGUCCUAAGGGUGAGCCUGGUGAGCCUGGAGGUGGAUAUAUGGGCGAUGGGUUGUCUCUAACCAGAGGGUCUCGUGGGCCCAAGGGAGAGAGAGGUGUCCCAGGAUUGCCUGGAGACCAUGGUGAAAAAGGUGAACCUGGAGAGAGUAUCAUGGGCCCGCCUGGCCCCAUGGGACCUGCAGGAAAGCCAGGAAUUGAGGGCCCUCGUGGACCCCUAGGUCCUCCUGGAGCUCAGGGAAGAGAGGGCUCCCCUGGUAGACCAGGCCUCCCAGGUCCUGCUGGACCCCCAGGUGAACCAACUGCCCUGCCAAUCGUUGGAGACAUGGGUGCUUUACUUAAGAAUGCCUGCAGUGUUUGCCAGGCGAGAGUCCCUGGGCUUCCUGGGCAGAAGGGAGAGAAGGGGUCCCCCGGAGUGCAAGGAGUAGAAGGCUUGGUGGGAGAAAAGGGAGAUCCAGGUGUAAGAGGUCCUACGGGUAAUCCUGGGAAAGAAGGCCCUAAGGGAGUGAAAGGAGAGAGAGGGUUCCCAGGCCCCUCAGGAGAUAAAGGUGAUGAGGGAGCCGCAGGAGUACCAGGACUUCCCGGUGUCACCGGUCGCACAGGGGCAGCGGGGCCUAUGGGUAGACCUGGGCCAAUGGGCCAGCCGGGAGGAAAAGGAGAAAAAGGAAAUGAAGGACCACAGGGCAGACAAGGGCUUCCAGGACCUCCGGGUGUACCCUAUGUGGAGGGCAACGGGAUGAGCAGUCUAUACAAGCUGCAGAGUGGUGGAGCUCUCUUAGGCCCCCCUGGAGCUCCUGGUGCGCCGGGUCCCAAAGGAGAUGAAGGAUCCUCAGGGGAACCAGGGGCCAUGGGAUUACCCGGGCUUGAAGGGCUACCUGGUGCCAAGGGUGAUAUUGGUUUGACUGGUCCUCAGGGUAUACAAGGUCCUCCGGGGAAGCCCGGCACUCGUGGCGAGCCAGGGAUCCCAGGAGAGCCGGGUGAGAGGGGGCCGAUCGGAGAGACAGGAUUCCCAGGGCCCGAGGGACCCCAAGGUGUUGCUGGGAGACCUGGAAAAGAUGGAACUCCUGGAUACAAGGGAACUACAGGUAGACCAGGGGAUAGAGGAUCCAAAGGAGAACGUGGUGAUCCAGGGAUUCCUGGAGCGAGAGGUGUUCAAGGCGAGAGGGGUCGUAUAGGAGAUCCUGGCCCAAUUGGACCGAUCGGACCAGGUGGACAAAAAGGCGACCCUGGCCCUCCAGGACAGUUGGAGAGUGCAAAUGUCUUGGGUGAUCCCGGCUUCUUGAAUGAACUCCAAACAUUUAUCAGAAAAGAAGUUUUGAAGGUCUUUGAAGAGAGGCUAUCGAGCUCUGCCAUGCUGCAAAAGACACCUGCAGGCCUCUUAGCUUCACAAUUCCAAGGGCCUCCAGGACCUCCUGGCAAGGACGGAUUACCAGGCCCGCCAGGAGAGCCCGGGCCUCCUGGUCCUCAAGGAUACAGGGGUCAGAAAGGAGAACGAGGGCAGCUUGGUCUGGGCUUACCAGGAGAUCCAGGACUCAUGGGGCCACCAGGCCCUCCUGGGAUCGCUUCUCGGGGCCCUCCUGGCUCUCCAGGGCCCCGCGGACCUCCUGGGACAUGUGACCCCAGUGACUGUCUUCUUCCAGCUCUAUAAACCCAGCACAGCGGUUUAGGCCGACUCAAGGACAGACGUCCAGCUCUGACUUCAGAGCAGAAGAAGGGACAUCCUCGCUGUAUCUGACAGCUUCCUCAGUUCUAGUUUAUUGGACAGACUCACAACAGACCUCUUUUGUUCACUUUACAAUAGCAUUUGGAUGCAGUCAGGAGUUUAUUUUUGUGUUGAUGUUGUCAGUUUUGUUUUUGAAUUCAAUUCAAAGCCUUUUUUUUUUUCGCAAUGGUACUUUUAAGUUAUUUCUUGUUUUUACACCCCCUACUGUGAUGUAAUGCAUUCCUUGUCAACUUUCAUUAAGUCUUUCAAGACCAUGAAAUGACUUUGUUUCAUCACGUUUAGUCCUGUCUGAUAACAUAAUCUUAAUUAUUUGUUUGCCUCCUUAAUGGGCAUGCCUAUUCACUCUUCUGUUCUUAUUCAGAUAAGCCAAUGUGCUGGCAGAAGGUACAUCUCACAUGUGUGUGUGUGUGUGUGUGUGUGUGUGUGUGUGUGUGUGUGUGUGUGUGUGUGUGUGUGUGUGUGUGCGAGAAAGAGAUUAGUUGAAUGAAUUUAUGUGUAGGUGUAAAAAAAAUAACAGAUUUUUGAAACUCCUUAUGCAACCAAAGUGCAGAUAUGGAAAUUAUUUAUUUUUAAGCGUGCUCUUCAAGAAUGUAUUUUAAAGAUGGUACUAAUAAUUGUAGUAAAUGUAGCAUGGAUAUUCAUCAGUAAUAUUAUUACUAGAAGUUGGAUGAAUCCAUUUCUGGAUUACUGAGAGCUUUGUUUUAAGAAAUCAGCACUCAUGACACAUUUUUAUUGUGCAUGACCUUUUUUUUUUAAGAAUCUGCAGUAUAAUCAUUGAUAAAGAUGUCUUCCCAUCUUCUGUAGGUUAUGCAUCAGUUCGCCAUAUAUUUUGUAAUACAAAAAACCUGCAACUCAUUCUGUUUGUCUAAGACGCAUACAUCAAGAGCAGAUUUUCUUUCCACAUGAAAAGAAUGUACUUUUAAUGUUGUUUAUGUUCAUCGAGUGUGAUGUGAACUCACAUUCACCUUUACUGUUGGUUUAAUCUGUAAAUAGGUUGAACGAGUGGUGUGUGUGUGUUUUCUUUUUUUCCUGUCUAAUGGGGCUUGUGAUGGGACCUGACAAUAUAAUUACAUAAGCAACUUGUCAUCGUAAUGACGCAUUAAGGUUCUCACUUUUGUUAUCAAUCAUACAUCGCUGCAAAUGUUGAAGAUUUGUGUUUGUGAGUGCCUGAGAUAAUAAUCAUUGGCAUUUAUUGUUUACAUAGUGUUGUGUAUGAUGAUUCCUCUGGUUUUAUUUGUAUAUCUUUGAUUUUCAUCCACGCAAAGGAAAUCGGACUACUACACUACUAACUUCAGACUUUUUAUUUUGUACUCAUACUCAUGAAUGUACUUGAACUUUCUUGUUGUGUGUUUUAACAGCAUCAUGGUCUACAUCCUGGUUUUUCACUCACUGACCAGCACUGUGUCUGUGUUACUAUGUAUUGUCUGGUUUUUGGGCUGUCUUAAGACUGGAGUUUUGAUUUAUUUAUUUGCUAUAACAGGUUUCAGAGUCGUUUUAAUGUUCUCGACUAAUUUCAGAAGGUUUUGAGUCAACUUUGACUAAACAGGCCUGUGAUAUAUCUUAUACAGAAACUCACAUUUGGAAGGAUGAGUACAAUUACUCUUUUUCAGGAAAUUCACUAUUUGUUCAUCUAAAAAGUAACUUAAACAUUAUCAUCACCUUAUAAAUGAAGAUUUGUAUCAGAAAAAACAUAAUUGGGCUGUUAUGUAUAUUAUUUUCCUCAAGCUUUCAUUCGGAGCGCUGUUUAAUGAGAGUUUGACUCAAAGGCUUUAAUUCUACUUUUAAGUGUCCUGCUGUGAUUAAUGUUUGAAAAGUUCUGUGGGUGUAUAUGAAAUUUUGUGACAUUAAGGACUCUGCCCUAUCUGCGUUUUCAUCUUUUAAGAUCUGUGUGACACUUUCCCUUUUACUUCAUGUCUCACAUCGCCAUGCUUCUUUUACACAUGUGAAUUAUAACUCACAUCUGACUUUGAAGAUGCACAGCAAUUAUUUUUUUUAUAUUUCUCUCAGCUUGCAGGCUUGGUUUUAUCUCUCUUUUUUAUCUCGUUUUAUCAGUGUGAGUAGGUCUAAUUUUAGAUGGGUAUUACAUCAAAUGUGUGCAACUGACUUCAUUUGUGAGUUGAAAGAGCCCCCUGCUGGACAUGUAUUUAUUUUCUCAUGGCUUGUAAUGUGAAUGGAAAACAAUCUUUCUUUGGGUUAUAGGCUACAUAAAAUCCCCUCCCUCUGUUGGCUUCUGUCCUUUCAUCGCACUAAUUUUCAUAUUCAGUUUAAUGGGUUCCCCUCAGAGACAAUAACACCGACCUUGACCAAAUUCAAAUGAGACAGCAUCGGCAAACUAAUGUGAUCUGAACUUUUUUGUGGUAGUGAUGAGAGCAAUAUCUGCGUAUAUUGAAUUUAGCUCGAACUGAUAUUAAUGUGCACUCGUUUGUGACUUCAAUUUAGCUAAACAGUAUGGUAAACAGGAAGGACACAAAAUGGCUGCUGAUGUCACAGCCCACUUCACGAGCAAUUAGCUGCAAGCCAUUUUACAUCGCUCCAAGUUAAAAUCCAUUUAUUCUGAGUGAAACAUGUUAGAUAAAAGCAAAAGGAUGAAGUGUUGAAGCAUCCUUGAAAUUAACUGUUGUUAAAGACGGCCAAAAUUCACUUAAAUUCAGUUUUAUGCAUCUACAGUACAUUUAUUUAUUUCAUUUUUUUUUUGCAGUAAUGUAAGUUGAUCCUGUUGCCACAUAUAAUCUAAUCUUGUAAAUAAGCUUCUAAUGAGGGGGAAUAUGGAUCAGCCUCUCAGCAUGGUCCCUCGGAUUAAAAAUGUCUCCCUGCUGCUCUCACUGUAACUCCUCUGUGCUCCUUCCUCAAGUCGUGCUGAGUGACUUUAAUGUGUGUUUUUGAAAGUCUUUGUUUCGUUGAAUAUCUACCUCAAUCUUGGUUUACCACGUCUACAUGAUUAGCUAUUUUGCAAAAAAAAAAAAAAUCCUAACACUGACUGUUGCCUUUCACUGAAAAAAGCAAUUGAAACCUCUACAUGUAUGUUAAAACAGAUAUAUUGCAGUCGCAGAUGUUGACACCAGUGUCAUCUUUUAGAAAGAAUUGGAGCGGUGAUGUUCCUGUUGUGGAGGACGAUCCAGUGUGUAUGUGGUUACCAGGUAUCAGAGGUUAUAUUUUACACUUUUCUUUGCAGCAUCUUUUAUUUACACUGAUUAAUGGCACCUGCCUUACACAUGUGCAAUAAAUG